UACUGUUCACCUCGGCCAAAAAUACAACGUAGCUGCCCAUGCUGUAGCACUGUAAAGGCAUCAUCGUCUCCUCUUUCACCACCAGCUCCAGCUCCAGCUCCCUCUCCUCCUCUCACCCUUUUAGCAGCCCCCUUCUCCCCCACACGGCCGGCCGGAGCCCCUCUUGCGGCAAUCCUAAAUUAAUACUCUCCUCUGCCUCACCGGAUUCUGAUCUGGUCCCGAGCCAGCUGAUCGCGACACGUGAGGUGAGGGGGUGGCUGUCGGAGGUUGGCGCGUGGAUGGGAGUUCAGACAAUGUCGUCCCUCGGCAGCGGCGGCGGCGGGGGCGGCGGGGGAGGGGCCCUGGCGCGGCAGGGGUCCCUGUACGGCCUCACGCUCAACGAGGUGGAGAGCCACCUGGGCGAGCCGCUGUGGAGCAUGAACCUGGAGGACCCCCUGCGCACGGUGCUCCCCGCCGCCGCCGCCGACGCUGAGCCGCGCGGCGCCGGGACGGGAAAGAAGACGGUGGACGAGGUGUGGCGCGACAUCGAGAGCGCCGGCCGCGGCCGCCAGCCGACGGUGGGCGAGAUGACGCUGGAGGACUUCCUCUCGCGCGCCGGCGUGCCCGUCGCCGGGGGCUGCGCCGGCGCGCAUUGGCCCCUCAGGCGUCGGCGCCGGCCCCGUGCUGGACGCCGUGUACGAGGGCGGCGCUAGUUUAUUACUACUGCUGUAAAGUUUAGCUACGUAUCAUCAGGCUUUUGGUUACCGCUCUAAAUUUCAAGAUUUACCAUAGUUACCGCGUAUUUGCAAGCUCUGUGUAUUUUGAAUUUAAACGCUCAAUGUGGAGACACCGGAUUCCAUCG